AUGGAGCUGCAACCGAUUGAAGGAACUCGUGAGGGAAACACCGUGACAGUACCUGGUCCCUUCGAGGGCACCCCGGCAGAUACCAAUUUAAGCAGAGUCGACAGUGGAUAUGGCCCUGGCUCGACUGAAGUUUCCGCCCCAGCACCAGCCACGGAUGCAUCCGCCAGCGAUGCCAACAACGUCCAUAAUCAGCUCGAAGCUGCUGCUGAGGGUGCCUCAGGUGUGCUAACUACCGAACCACAUAUCUCGACCACAGAAACAACACCGGACGAUUUCCAGCCAUCGUUUUCAGCAUUCAGCAAACGUGAAAAGUUAUUCAUCGUGGUAAUGGUGACUCUUGCUUCGUUCUUCUCCCCUUUCCGGCCAAAUCUACUACCCCGUCAUGCCAACAUUGUCACAACAUACAUGAUCUUCCAAGGCCUGGCUCCCAGCUUCAUGGGCACAUUCGCCGACACCGGGGGCAGGCGCCCAGCGUAUAUCAUUGCGUUUGCAGUAUACACCGCUGCAAACAUCGGCCUGGCCUUGCAGAACAGUUUCGCAGCUUUGCUUGUCCUCCGCUGUCUCCAGAGCGCAGGGAGCAGCGGCACCGUGGCCUUUGGGUAUGGCGUUAUAGCGGACAUUGCGACAACAGCAGAACGUGGGAAGUAUAUCGGACCCAUGGCAGCAGGUGUCAUGGUUGCGCCCGCGCUGGGCCCUGUUAUCGGUGGUCUUUUGGCCAAAUUCCUCGGCUGGCGCAGUGUUUUCUGGUUCUUGGUCAUUGUUAGUGGAGGGUACUUGGUGUUCUAUGUGCUUGCUAUGCCAGAGACGGCACGCAAGAUUGUUGGCAACGGUCAUUCAGUGCCAAACGAGUGGUGGCGCAGAUCGGUCAUCCAAUGGUGGUCGAAGAGGCAGGCACAGUCGGAUGAGGAAGGGCAAACUGGUGCAGAAGGAUCCCAACAACAUUCCUCGCAUACUAAGCGACUUAGGUUCCCGAAUCCUCUCAAGUCUUUUGUCAUUCUGCUGGAGUGGGAUGCCUUGAUCAUCAUCUCAUACGUCGGGAUCGUGAUGUUCUCGAAUAUCGCUCUGUUGACAAGCACUCCCAGUCUCUUCGGUCCGCUGUACGGAUUCAACGAGCUCCAGAUUGGUCUCUGUUUCCUACCCCUCGGAGUAAGCUCUUGCCUCGGCGCAGUUCUAUAUGGGAAAGUCAUUGACUACAACUACAAGCGAACAGCCCAGAGGCUCGGAUUCCCGGUGGACCGGAAGAAAGGAGACGACUUGCGCAGUUUUCCAAUCGAGCGCACUCGCCUGCAAACAGUAUUCCCAACAAUGGCCGUUGGCGUAGCAGCAUUCAUCCCAUAUGGCUGGGUCCUGCAGCAAAAAGUACACUUAGCUGCACCGCUGGUGCUGCAGUUCAUCAUAGGCUUUUGCUUCGUUGCAUCCCUGAACUGCCUCAACACCCUUCUUGUCGACCUAUUCCCAGAUAGACCAGCCACAGCUGCGUCGGCAUGCAACCUUGUUCGCUGCUGUCUUGGUGCUGUUGGGGCUGCUGUCAUUAGCCAGAUGCUGAGUGGCAUGGGCUGGGGAUGGUGCUUUGUUUUUCUGGGGUUGGUUAUGGCUGUUGGGAUGGGAUUGCUCUGGGUCGAGAAUGUGUAUGGGAUGGGCUGGAGAGAGAAGAGGUUCCUCAAGAUCGAACGGAAGAAGGCAGAGAAGGAGGCGAGAGCCGCUGGGAUUCAGGUCGAGGGGAAGGCUGACCGGAGAGAACAGAAGGAUACUAAUGUUCGAGAAUUGGCUGCCGGUGCUGAUGCUAGUGUCACUGAAGGAAUUGAAGGAACUGAUACUCGCUCAAACCAGUGA